AUGGACACCCGAUCUCUACUGGCAGACGGUCAAUAUGAGGAUGCACUCCAUCCGCUGCGCGCAGCAGCUGAACGUGUUGGGCGCGAAGUCGAGAAGUUUGCGGAAAAUCUAGAUCGCCUCAAUCCUCUGAACCAACGGGAUGCUUCCUCUACCUAUCAUAGCGUCAUUGGCUUGGUAAAAAGCUACCAAGAUAUCUCGCUCGAUGCGGUGGAGCGCUUGAGGAAACGUUACGACAAAGAUCUCAAAGCGCGGCUGACGGAGAGAAUGUCUCGACGAGCCCAGGCGGUUUGUUUUGAUGAAAAGAACGCCCAAAGCCAAUCGCUCUCUGCCAACGAUUCGCGAGUCUCUUAUGCGAAUGGAGAUACUACUACGUCUACCGUACUAGAAGACCUAGAAAACUGGCAGAUGGAGGCAGAUACUUGGAUUUUGUUCGGCCUUUUAUUGGAAUUUCAAUACCCACCUCCUAACUACGGCAAGGUCAAAGGGGACAUGCUGUCCGCACUUGCGAAUAUCACCCAAUAUUCCUCGGAGCAUGUAAUCUGGGAGAAAUUUUUGAUCGAUGACGAUAUGGCGAGGGAGAGGCACUUAAUUCUGAAAUGGCUCGAGAGCACUGCCGACACUUCGGAAGGGGAUGUAGAUAUUUUGGUACAACAACUUGAGAACAAAACAAACGCAGGAAAGAGUCUUUGUUCACAAGGUUGGAUGCAUACAAAGGCAGCCAUAAAACACGAGAAGCGGCUUCGUUCAUGGCCUCAAGCGGUUGAUCCCAUGUCACCCGGUAUUUCAACGAGCCACCGGAGCUCUGAUACGUCGGAUGGCUUAGUCACGCAGCUAGAUCCAGACGCGGCAACGCGGCAAGGAUUGGCUCUCGAGACGCAGGACUACUUUUCCGAAAAAGCAGUCUGGAUGGUGUGUUGGGAAAUGCUCAGACGUGGAAAGAGUUGGGAGACCAUUCGUGAAUGGUGUCAAGAUAAUCUGGAGGGAUGGAGAGCCAUAAUCCUCCGAGGCACUCGCCCAAGCGAUGAGCAUUUGAUCAGUAAACUGGUAGAUCCUGUGGACGAAAAGUCUCCGGAUGCCUUUCUGGGAAGCUUUUCAAGAAAGAAUCGUUCUGGAGUCUUGUGGCGAAGAGUCUGCUAUGCUUCUGCAAAGGCAGGUGGUAUGAACAAAUAUGAACGCGCUGUUUUCGGGACCCUUGGAGGUGAUAUCGACAGUGUCGAACCUGUCUGCCAGAACUGGGAUGACCAUCUGUUCGUUCAUUACAAUUCGCUUCUACUGACUCAAUUUGAUGACUACCUCCGACAGAAUUUUCCACGUCGUGCGCCGCAGACUUUAACUCAGAAAUUUGCUUCCCUUGACUCGGUUCAACUUCACGGCGAAGCGAAAUCCGUUGGCCAACGUCUCAUGAGUAGGUUGAAGGUUCACCCUACGACAAGAGAAGAAGCCCGACAACCAAUGAAAAUGAUUCAAAGCGCAUUGAUUGCGAAGAGCUUUGGUGAUUUUGUUUAUCAGCAAGGGCUGGCUCUUUCCAUCUUCGCCAAUGAAAGAACCAAAUCCAAAAUAAUACCUCCUCUUCCUGGGGAGGUGCUUGACGGCACACUGGAGUCUUACAUACGACCUCAAGACUACAAUUCUCUCCGGGUCAUAGCCCAUAUGCUGCUCAUUUACAUAGACCUUGGUUUCGAAAUUGGUGAAGGGCGUCGUCGGGUCGCUAUCGAAAACGUCCUGGUGGCUUACAUUGACUUUCUCCGUUUGGCCGGAAAAUGGACAAUGAUUCCGCUCUACGCAUCUAAAUUGUCUGCAGAUAGAAGGCAUUUGGUCCUAGGAAGAUUGCUCAUUGAUGUCACGGAUAACGCGGAGCGCAGCCAGCAGAUGCGGUUGAUGAAAGGCCUUGGGAUAGAUGUCGUCGCAGUUCUCAACAUGCAAUUCAAGAUGGUCAUGUCUGAUUGCAAAUCUCGUGAGAAAGACGGAUUCAAAAUGGCCCCCUUCGAGUUGCUUGAGAAUCGUCAGAGCUCUGCAGUGUCUGGCAGGGCACUCAGAGACAGUUUUAUGGGCGAUGACAUCAGUGAUGAUGACGAAAUUCUCAUCAGAAGCUUUGAAUGGUAUUUGUUCCUAGAUGGUUAUUGGGUCGAGACUUUUCUUGCCGGGUCGAGUUUGUACAAACGCUUUCUUAGACUUGGACACUUGGCUGCUGCUGUUGACUUAGCAAAUCGGGCUCCAUUUCCUGCCAUAUCCUUGACCAAAACAAGGGCUAUUCUUGGCAAAAGCAUUGACCUGAGCAAGGCAAAGGAAGCGCAAGGCGUUGACGACAGCAGCGGCCCUGCUGAGGAAGCAUUACAUUCAGAACCAUUAGCAGGCAGUCAUAGCAAAAAUGCUCCGAAACUUCGAGAGAGAGUUCACCGUCAACUCCUGUUGAGGCAAAGUAAGACCUUUCGUGAACUCGAAUCGGUUGUCGCGGCACUGGUGGCAAUGCAAAAUUGGACAUUCACGAAAAAAUCGAUCAAAAUUGAAUCGUAUGACCCGGAAAACCUGAAAGAGAACCCGAAGAAACGCUUAAGAGAUUCUCUUGACAGUGUGAUCUCGUCAGUUGAAGCUCUUCUUCGAGGCUGGCUCUUGGAUCCAUUCAACGAAAUUUCAAGCUUGCAAGAAAUUCGGAAUAUAUACCUCCCCGAAAUUAUCCUCGCUUACAUCAGUGUUCUCACUGAAGCUGGAUCAUAUAUGCGGCACAAUAUCCUUUUGCACUGUAUGAGCCUCUCGACCCUCAUCGCAGCUGAAAACUCAGACUUGAUGGAGUGCUUUACCGCGGCUGGACGGGUUUCUGAGCUUGUGGAGGCAUUUGCUUUGUCGAGCAAGGCGAUUCUGCACGCAAAUGAGCAUGGAACGCGGAGUAACGCAAAGUCAACUCUGGGUGAUGGAGAAACUAUGGAUAUCUGGCAAGUGAAGCUAUGA